GAAACGUAUACAGGUUUGAAACAACGUGAGAUAGUCUACUGCUGGGACAGGUGCAUCGCUCUUCUCUUCCCUUCUCAUCAUGGCUGCUUCCUCGCGCUAGCCGCGUGUUUGAGUUCCACGUCGGCUAAAGGAAGGUCGUCGCCUGUCGUCAGAUCCGCAAGGCAUUUCGGGCCACUGGAGGCUGAUUCGCCCAACAAUACAAACAAGCCUCCGGACAUAACGUUAGUGGAUUCCGCUGCACAUGCGAAAAGCUGCCUGCUUAUGUAUUAACAUAAAUUAAGCCCCCAUGAAUGCAUGCUUAUUUCCUCACUCUUUUGGAAGAGCCAGUAUAUAACUGCGAAUGAACUGGGAUAAAAUAUCCAGCACGCGCGACAAAUAGCUAAUCCUAGAAUAGGAAAUACACAGUAACACUCCAGUAUGGCGGACAGUAUGAUGAGUAAAGCAGCCACUAUGGAGAUUCCUAUUAACAGUAAUGGGGACUCUAGGAAUCUAGCAGAAGAUGACAGCCUGGAGCAGGAUGCAAAGAUUCAGUGGAGCUUAAGAGAGAAGGUAGGGAGUCCCGCAGGCCUCAGGGACUUUACGCAGGUCAUGGUGUCUGGGCCCAACCUAAAUGAGACCAGCAUCGUAUCAGGUGGUUAUGGCGGUACAACAGAAGGCAUCAUUCCGACAAGCUCCAUCAAAGGCCCUGCGGUCCGUCUUAACAUUGACUUUUUGGGCAACAGACGCAUUCCAAAUGAAGGGCAAGACCUGCGAAUGAAGUCUAGGGGUGUUAACAUUGCCCCAAGCCAGAUUGCUGCCUGCCGAAUAGCCCGCCAAUCAGAAGACGUCCCCUGUAUCCCAGGGUCCAACAUGCAUCACGCCAGUAGCAAUUCCUCCAUGACAGCAGAAGAUGCCACAAGAGGCGUUGCUGUGGAAAAGUUUGACAUCGUGAAGAAAUGGGGCCUGAACACGUACAAGUGCACCAAACAGAUGAUCUCCGAGAGGUUUGGCCGUGGCUCACGUACUGUGGAUUUGGAGCUGGAGGCUCAGAUUGAGGUUUUGCGGGAAACCAAACGGAAGUAUGAGAAUGUGCUGCAUUUAGCGCGAGCGCUAACCAACCACUUUUACAGCAUGGUGCAGACGCAGCAAGCCCUUGGAGACACUUUUGCUGACCUCAGUCAGAAGUCUCCAGAACUUCGGGAUGAGUUCGGAUACAAUGCAGAAACACAGAAGUUGUUGUGCAAGAAUGGAGAGACUCUGCUUGGGGCCAUCAACUACUUUGUGUCCAGCAUCAACACUCUGGUGAACAAAACAAUGGAAGACACAUUGAUGACUAUCAAGAUGUAUGAGAAUGCCAGGCUAGAGUUCGAUGCAUACAGGGCAGAUCUGGAGGAGUUGAACAUGGGCCCACGGGACGCUGUUACUAUGGCUCGUAUCGAGGCUGCUCAGCAGCAGUACCAGAUCCACAAGGAAAAAUAUGAACGUCUCCGCAGUGAUGUCAGCAUCAAGCUCAAGUUCCUGGAAGAAAACAAGGUCAAAGUGAUGCACAAGCAACUUCUGCUGUUCCAUAAUGCCAUCUCUGCCUACUUUGCUGGAAACCAGCAACAGCUGGAACAGACCCUCAAGCAGUUCAACAUUAAACUCAAACCACCAGGGGCCGACAAACCUUCUUGGCUGGAGGAACAGUGACAGUGCCCGUUUACCCCUGGUUUCCUGUUAUGUCUUUAGCCACACAGAGCAACACAGUAGGACCACAAGAGACCAGCGUUCUGAGAUGCUAGCAGAGAUGGGGGCUACAACAAAGCCUCCUUCACACUAACUCUCCCUAUACUUCUCUUCCUUGAUUCUUCUUCUCCUCAUCCUGUUCUUGCUCUGAGACCGCUUUCAAGUGUCUGAAUAGUCACCUGUAAUAUGUAACUGGUCCCAAAGGUUCCAAUCAAAUGUCAGUUUAAGCUUUAUCCCUAUAAAAUCCUUCUGAUAUGGCAGUCAGAACAGCUGUUUUUUAUUCUCAGUCUUACUUGCAUGUUCUCUCUCUCUCUCUCUCUCUCUCUGUGAGUGACCACAUCUUGAGAAAAUUUUCCUUUUGUUUUUCUGUGAAAAGCGUUUUAUUUUGCUACUACUAUCUUUUUUCUGUAUUGUAGAUUUGGUCUUGUAGCUAAUGGAGGGUCCAGAUUAUUCCUAUCACAGAGUGUUCAGUGUCGGUGGUUCUAACAAAAAGUCAUUUUAUUUUGAUAAAAUCCAGAUAUAGUUUUAUCUGAUAUUGGUAUUGAAUAAGGAUGUACGUUUGUAUGUUUACUAGGCCAUGAGAGUACGGUUUAGUCAAUCCUUGUCCAGUUGUCGCUCUUUAAAAUACCUUGAGUUAAUGAAAUAUUACAUUUAAUAUCUUAAAAUGAGUUUCUCAUUUUAAGUCAUUUAACCUCAAAUUAAUAAUACUGAAAUGUUAUAUUUCAUCAGAUGUGGGUGCAUAGUUUCCUGCAGGUUUAACAAAGCCCAGCAAGAUGAAUCUAAAAAUCACAGUUUCUUUACAGCUUUGAAUUUAUGAAGCAUGUUUGUUUUAUUUUGACAAUUAGUUUAUUGUAGUAUUAUGUACCAGUGCAUAAUGCUGUAGAAUGUUUGUAGGUUUAUGAUGUUCAUUUUUAAGUUAAUAAUCAUAAGUUAAUCAAGGAAGUGUAUGUAUGAGUUGUAUUUGAUUGUUUUAACUCAGACCAGUUAUUGAGGCCCACCAUUAUCUGCCUCUUUAUCUACCAAAAUUUGCACUAAUGUUUAUGUACUGACUUGUGUUCUGUUAGCGUAAGCAAAGCCCUAAUAUUCUUCCAUUGUGCAUUCAAAUUGCAAUUGGUUCUGAUGCACCCUGUGUUUAAUGACUUUAUCUGCCUUGAUUUAAAAAAACAAAGCAAUUUUUCCCCAAUGGAAGAUUUAUAUUAAUAUCACAGUAACUUUUUUUUUUUCCUUUCUGUGUCAUAGUAGUGCUAAUGUAUUAUUCCAUUAGGCUAACUCACAAUUUUUCACAAAAAUAUAG